AUGCUCCUUAAACUGGCCUCUCCACACCCUCAGGUCCGUGAAAAAGUAGUUGAAAUUUGCCAACAUAUUAAUAUCCGUAUCAAUUCAACAACAACUCAGCUCCCCGUCAAAGCUCUUCUGCAACUCUUACAUAACCCAAAAGUCCCUGCAGGCAGUGAUCUUAGUAUGCUCAGAUCUUUUGCCCUUAUGUACAUUAAAAUGGGCGUAAAAAGACUCCCAGCUGAAAACCAAUCCGAAUUGGUCCCUCUAGUUGUCUCCAGCAUUGCUGGUCUUUCAGACGCUCAUGCUGGUACCCUCUUCAACAUUCUCCUUAACCUCCUCCCAAGCUUAAAGCUCCCAGAAAGAGGAACCACCGAGGCUGACAACCUUAAGUCAACUUUUGGCUUUGAUACCUCUCCAGAAAGUGAAUCAUACCUUUCCCAAAAAUUCACCCUGCUCUUUCUUCUCGACCUUAACAUCAUCCAAUCCCCAUCAACCAAACCCCCCUUCCGCAGCCCUGGUCUUACCCCAGCUGAUUGUACUUUCCUUACCCAAGAUUCAAAGGAAACAUUUACCACCUCUUCUUUUAUUCAAGCAAAAGAACAUGCAGUUAGAUUCCUCCUCUCCGGUGCCUUUUCAGAACAAUCUCUUUAUUUCCCACUUCUUGUCGCCUCCCAUGAUCCCACCCUUGCUGUCAACAGACCAGCAGAAAAUAUCUUUAAAAAACUUAACCUCGACCUCGAAGACCCAGACCGUAUCAAGACCCUAUAUAGACUCUUUCUUGGAUCCCGCUCUGAAAGAUUAUCUCCUGUAAAUAAUACCCUCCAAGUCCAUAUUCUCCAGAUCUUGGCAAAAAGUACCUAUGCCGCAAACCUUGACCCAAACUCCAUAGCCCUCCAAGCUCUCAAGUCUCAGUAUUACCGUCUUGUUCAAGCGGCUUUUACCUUCAUCAGAACAAUUACCUCCAAAACAAAACAAGACCUUCUCGAAAAUUUUGCCCCUGAACUCCUAGAACAAGUCCGUGACGUAAUUGUUAAAACUGGCUGGCCCCGUGUCAUCUCCAGUGACUUGCACUCCAUGGCAUUCCGCCCCUUGGCAUACCAAGCAAUUGGUGCCCUCAUUGGAAGAGUCCCCAAUCUUCUUACAAACCUAAAGUACUUUGAUUUCUUGCUCCAGUCCUUGGAAAAUGACACUGCUGAUAUCAAACCCUCCAUCCAAGAAGCCCUCGCUGAAAUUCUUCCAGCAAUUGACAAGUUGCCAGACUCUGCAAAACAAGGCCUAAAGUCUACUCUUUUCAGAAUUCUUUCAAAUCCUUCAGCUGAUGACAGUUCCAAGCACAUUGCUGUCAAGGUCGCAGUCCGCAGUUUCCCCUUUUCUGAUGCCUAUGCACGUCUACUCUGUCUUUUGGCCCUCAGAAAAGAAAACAGACCAGAUGUCAUUGAAGAAGCAAAACGUGGACUUCACCCUUAUUGGUUUAAAACUGUCACUGCCACUGAAGCUGAUGUCAAGUUCCCGGAUUUUGCAGAAAUGAUUGAUCUUGUAAGCUCCACAACGGAAGACUUUAAGCAACACUCAUUUUCAGAACCAACUAUUAAUGGGUACUUCUUGACUGUAUACAAUUCUAUCGUCUCUUUUCUCGAACGCAUCUUCAUUAUGGAAGCUGUCGAAGGCCAUAAAACUGCCCUUGUCAUUGAGGAGACUUGGGAUGUUCGCAUUGAUACUGCAAUCGACAUGGAUGAAAUAGUGCGAAAUUUGAUAAUAUCUCAUCUAUCGGCUCUUGUCGCAAAAAACAAUCAAGUGUCUCUCUUGACGUUUCUCAAGCUGGCCUUUGACGGUUUGCUUUUGGCUAAUACCGAGGUUGAAAACUGUGCUGUUGUUUGGCUGCGUAUCCUCUCUUUAUCCCCCCUGCAAAUUGUCACACAACUCCAGUCUACCGUUGACUCCCUUGUUAGUCUUCUUUCUCAGUCCAAGGUGAAGAUUCGUGAAAUUUCCAGUUUUGGUUUGGGUAUUAUUGUUUCGUCAUCUUCUUUGGAAUUUGACAAAUCUUCAGAAACUCUCUUGACAAAUCUUGUUAAUUUUAUCGAUGAAGAAAUUAAAAGCGUCUCAUAUAGAAAUAUCGACAAACUCCAUGGAUUUGUUAUUGCAUUAGCAACCAUCAUCUCUCGUCUCUAUAUCCGCCAAAAACUGGGAUCUAUUGAUCCCUCAGGAACUACCUUUGAAUCCUUUUCCGAACUCCUGCCUAAGCUCCUGACUGAUUCAAAGAACUUACAGUUAAUUGACGCUGCCCUCAUUGCCAUUUCCCAGCUUUCCAUUUAUGGUGCACUCUCGUCUAAGCCUAGCACCUAUUUUGACUCCAUUAAAAAGCAGCUUGUUACCCUAGCCACCAAAAAGGAAAGCGAGAAAUCUGUCCUGGCCCUAGGAUACCUUUCACUCAGCGAUGCGUCUUUUGUGCUUGGUGAACAAGAAUAUUACCUUGAAAAACUCAUGUCACUUACUCAAAGCAAGCACUCAGAGUACAUGUUUUCCUCUGGCGAAGCGCUCUCUGUUAUUGCUUCUGGUUGGAACUCCAAGGUCAUGAAUAGAGGCCUUGAUAUUCAAGAUAUUGACAAGGCUCUUCUUCCCAGAUCCUCUCUUUCGCCUGAAAACAGCUACCUUUCACAGACUCUCGAUAAGGUCUUGGAAAGCACUCGCUCCACUAAACCCGCUUUGAGGAAAUUUGCUUGCAUUUGGCUUAUUAGUUUGCUCCAAUACUGCGGCCACCUUGAGCCUGUUCAAGCCAAACUUGAACAAAUUCACGUCACAUUUAUGAGGUACCUUCCUGAAACUGACGAGCUUGUCCAGGAGUCUGCUUCCCGUGGUCUCAGCAUGGUUUAUGAAAUGGGCAACUCUACUCUCAAAGACACUUUAGUUCGCAGUCUUGUUGGGUCCUUUACUGCAGACUCUACACGCAAAGUUAAUGCCGGCUCAGUUUCCGAAGAUACUCAAUUAUUUGAGCCAGGUGUACUAAGUACUGGUGACGGAUCUGUAUCAACUUACAAAGAUAUUUUGAAUUUGGCCUCGGAACUCGGCGACCCAAGUUUGAUUUACAGAUUUAUGUCUUUGGCCGCAAACUCGGCUCUUUGGUCAUCCAGGAAAGGUGCUGCUUUUGGUCUUGGAAGCAUUUUGGCCAAGGCUAAUCUUGACGAAAUGAUGGAAGGCAAUAAGCGUCUUUCCCAGUCUCUUGUCCCUAAACUUUACAGAUACCGGUUUGACCCUAACGCUUCCGUGCAGCAAGUGAUGCGCGGAAUUUGGGAUGCGCUCAUCAAGGAUAAGGCAGGAGCCAUCAAAACAAACUUUGAGGCCAUUUUGAAAGAGCUUUUGGCAGGUAUGGGUGAUAAGGAAUGGCGCGUGAGACAAGCCAGUGCAACUGCGCUUGCAGACCUGCUUCAGGGGAAGCCAAUUGAGUUGUACCAGUCCUACCUCGAGCAGAUUUGGCAAAUGAGUUUUAGAUCAGUUGAUGACAUUAAGGAAAGUGUGCGCACGGCGGGUAUGUCGCUGACGCGCAGUCUGGCUACUUCUUUGGUACGCUACGUUGACAUUGAAAAUGGCGCCUCCCCGCAGCGCGCGUCUCAAAUCUUGCAGCACUUGAUUCCGUUUUUGAUGGGCCACCAGGGGCUACAGUCGGAUGCCCAGGAUAUCCAGUCUUUUGCGCUUGACACACUGAUCAAGCUCAGCAAAAAGGGUGGCGCUGCUCUCAAAGAAUUUAUCCCAAGUUUGGUCGAGGAACUAUUGUUGCUCAUGUCGACCCUCGAACCACAAGCAAUCAACUAUAUUGCGCUCAAUGCCGACAAGUAUGGACUUACCAACAAUGCCAUUGAUGCUUCUCGACUUGCAAGCAUUCGUGGGUCACCCAUAAUGGAUGCGAUUGAGCAAUUGGUGGACCAGGCCACUGAUAAUGAGACCAUGGCUGCACUGGUGCCGCGCAUUUCUAAUGCUAUUCGCAAGUCGGUGGGUCUCCCGUCCAAGGUUGCUUCGAGUCGCGUUAUUGUGGCUCUCACGAUGCGGCAUAUGCAGAGUGUGGCCCCGUUUGCAGACACGCUGUUGACGUCGUCGCAGCGCCAAAUCCAGGACCGCAAUGAUACAAUCUCGCAGUCAUUUGCAACCUCUUGCGGAUACCUGUGUCGGUUGGCCUCAGACAAAGCUGCGCUAAAAUACAUUGCGGAUCUCCAGGAGCAAUACUUUACAGGGGAGACUGAGCGCGCGCGCAAGAUCCCCGGCAUAGCCAUUAAUGCAAUUUCCAAGCAUGCUGCCGAUAAGUUUCAAAAUCUUGCAUCGGCAAUUCUUCCAUUUGUGUUUAUUGCAAAGCAUGAUUCGGAAAAGUCUGUUGAGGAGCAAUUUGCAUUGGUGUGGAGUGAUAAUACUGGAGGCUCGGGCGCGAUCCGGCUCUAUAUUAAAGAAAUCCUGGAGCUUGCAGGGUCCCACAUGAGCUCACAGCAGUGGAUUAUUCGACAAGUAUGUGCUCAGAGUGUUGCUGAUGCAUCGAAUAUCAUUAGCGAUGAUCUGUUGACGACUCGUGGAGGUGGUGUUGUUGGAAUCGAUGUAGCCAAGCUAUUUGAUGUGCUUUUUGAGGCCUGCACUGGUCGCAGCUGGAAUGGAAAGGAACAAGUCCUUCGUGCUUUAGUGUUGCUUGCAUCGAAAGCUAAAGAAAGUUAUGUUUCCAUGACUCCAGGGCUUAUUGAAAAACUCAAUAAAGUUGUUAUUACUGAAGCCAAACGAAGAAACAAAGAGUACCAGAUCCACGCCCUAGUUUCGCUCGGAGAUUACAUUCACAGCUACCCUCAGCCUGAGUUAUACGAUACAUUGUACGAGCUGUGUGACACUUACUUGGAUCCGGAUGAGGAUGAUGAUAGCAGUGAUGACGAAGAUGAUAAGAAGAAUGAAAAGGUCAAGACCAAUAAUAACAAUUUGGGAGCUGGGAUUUUGUCCAAAAAGGAUAUUGAGAAGGAAGAAACGCGCAACAAAGUUUUGGGUGCAGUGGUCUCAAGUUUUGUGCUGAGCACGCCAGGAACAAGCACUAAAUCGGAUACCUCGGAGACUGUGGUUACUGCCGAUGGCAAGGACCAAUCUCACACCACCAAUGCAGGUGUCUCUACAGUUCCUGCGAAACGUAAAUAUUAUUCCGAGUCUGAGAAGACGAUUCAAAAGACUUGCACGUAUUUGAAUCAUGUUCUUUUACAAGACUCGUCGGUAACGGCAGACGCGUCUAAGCGCCGUAAAGUGGGGAGCGGUGCGCCGGUGUCGUGGCGAACAAAGCAGGCUGUGGCCCGACACUUUUCCUCGCUUAUCACGCAAGAGUAUUUGGUGUGCCUGGGAGGGGCAGAUGCCGGUAGUGGUAAUGUUUCAGGGGCAGGUGCAGCAGGAGCUGCAAGUCUCAACAGCGCAUUGAUUUUAGCAGCAGGCAAUAAAGAAUCUAAUGGAGAGGGGAAGAAGACUAACAGUGGUGGUGAAGAUACUUUUGAGGUUGUGGUGACGGAAACACAUUUGAAUGCACUUGAGCGUGUGUGGAAAGCAUUGCUUGCGACCUCUUCGGUGGAUACAAAUCAUGAGAGUGUGAGAAUCGAGGCAGCAAUUGCGGCCGGUGCAUACUUGUCGUUAUUAAAUGUUGGUGCCAAGAGUGUUGUUGGUGGUAAAGCAAGUCAGUUGGCUAGCGAGUUGAGGGACAAGUUAAUGAAGGAAUUGGGAGAGCUCAAGGAAAAAGAGCAGUCUAAUGUGGUAAAGACUCGUUUAUCUAAUGUUGCGUCUGUAUAA